GGCGGACAAUGGGGGCGCCGCGGGGAGGAGGUGGCGGUGGCUGGAAGAUGGCGGCGGGCGGAGGCUUCGCGGGCCGGCCCGGCGCGGCGUGGGUGCUGAUCGCCGCCGCACUCGCCGCCGUCAAAGUAUCAGCAGUAGAGGUCAACACACCAGAGGAGAUGUUUGUGGAGAACGGGACAGACGCCAAGCUUCCGUGCACGUUCACAUCUGUGGAAGUGAUCAGCAGCGCAGCGUCUGUUUCUUGGAGCUUUCAACCAGAGGGAGCCGCAACUCGUAUCUCAUUUUUCUAUUACUCUAAUGGAAAAUCAUACCCUGGAAAGGACAUACCAUUUAAAGACAGGAUCACUUGGGCUGGAGAUCUUAACAAGAAAGAUGCUUCUAUCACUAUAUCAAACAUGCAGUUCCGGGACAACGGCACAUACAUUUGUGAUGUCAAGAACCCACCAGACAUUGUUGUCAAACCAGGAGAAAUCCGAGUUAGAGUUGUGGAGAAAGACAGCCUGCCAGCGUUCCCCAUUGCCACGGUGGCGGGGAUAGCCAUCGGUGCGGUUACAGGUCUCUCAUCGCUCAUCUCUAUUGUCGUGUGUCUUGUCAUCAGAAAGAACAACUCUAAAAAACGAUACUCUGGCUGCAGUACCUCUGAGAGCUUGAUGUCUCCGGUUAAGCAGGCUCCGCAGAAGGCGCCCUCCGACACAGAGGGCCUGGUAAACAGCGUGCCCGCCAGAUCACACCAGGGCCCAGUCAUUUACGCGCAGUUAGAUCACUCCGGGGGACAGCACAGCGACAAGAUCAACAAGUCAGAGUCCGUGGUCUAUGCCGACAUUCGGAAGAACUGAGAUGAGAUCCUAAGCUGUCCAAAGGAGAACACACACCCAGACUGGAAUUGCUUGAACAAGAUUUGACCCAGAGAACUCACAUGUGGCCUUUGAUGCCUAGGCUAGGACCAAUGCAUGUGCAUACAGAGGGAAAGAUAUAUAUGUAUUGUGUGUAAAUAGUCUAUUUAAUCGUACAGAAGUGAGACCAAUGUUGCAUGUUGAAAUGCGGUAAGAAUUUUGCUUAUAAAUUGCCAAUAUUCUUUUUUGUAUCAUGUGUGACGAGAGAGAAAGUGAAAACUCGCAUCACAAUUUUAAAGUAUUUUUAUCUUGAUUAUUAAUGGAGAAACUGGAAGAUGCUGAAGAUUCUAGAUUGACCUGGAAUUUUUUUUUUUUUUUUUUUUUUUUUGCUUAUAAGGCCUUCUUUUGUUGAGAUGAAUAUAAAGGAGACAUGACAUCUUCUUUAUAUCCACUGAGUUCCAUAUGUAUACAGGGUAUUUAUCUUUCUUUGGUCAGAUUCUCAGUAAAAGCUGCCUUCUCAUGAAAACUAGACCCUCUCACUUGGUCUUGUAAGCCAAAUUGUGACUCCUAGCUGUCAGAAAUGUAUGUCUUAGCAGUGUAAGUGAAGGAAAUCUUUAGGCCUACCUGACCUGUGUAACAUGGGUCACAGAACUGUUUACUUCUUUAUGAGCCCAGCUAUUCAAGAUUAGUCCUUUAAGAUGCAGGGAUAGUGUUGAUCUAAUGAAUUUUGUGGAAUGGUAUGAAUGAAUUUUGUGAAAACGAAGGAAAUAGUGAGUUAAAGGCAUAGGAAGCUCUAGCUGUAGGUGGUUACCUCAAACUGUUGAACUUUUCAGUGAAAAGUUUCUUCCUCAAAGCUGUGUCAUUUCGUGUAAGUGUAAAAAAGGGCUCCAAGGGAUCUGGAAGCUGUAGUACUCCCUUACCUCUCCCAUGGCUCCAUUAUACCACUGUCACCUCCUUAGAGGUGCUUUAUCUGUUCUUAAAAGCCUGUAGUGGACGCUAAAUGACCUCUUGAGGAGAUCUGGGGCUCUCUGGGUUUUUUUUGAUGUGGGUGUUUUAUUGUGUAACCUAUAUUUGCACAGAGGAUGCAGAAGGGCAGUUUAUUUCCUUCAUCUCUGCAAGUCUACUGCUUGAGUAUAGUUCCUCAGCUUCUUGUUUCUAAGUUAAACUCCUCCUAGAUUGUUAAGGAUCUCUGCAGAGAGGACCUUUCUUCUGCUGAUCCACAGUAUCCUGAAAUGUAGUGCUUGGAGCUAGAAGUGGCAUUCCAGCAGAGAUCUUCUCAGAGUAACAUAUAGUAGAAGGAUUUUUGUUUUAUACAUCCUAAUGUGGUGUUGUUUGGCCUUUUUCUGUGGCAGCAAAUGAUUUUCAGUUUGGUCUGUCAUAGCGCCUUGUCUCUGAUUCUUACCCAUUUCCUAGUUCUGUCUUGUUGCACAGAAUCAGUCACAGAAUGGUUGAGGUUGGAAGGGACCUCUGGGGAUCAUCUAGUCCAACCCCUGCUCCUCAAGCAGGGUCAGCCAGAGCAGGUUGCCCAGCACUCUGCCCAGUUCUGAGUAUCUCCAUGGGUGGAAACUCUACAGCAACUCUGGGCAAUCUGUUCCAAACAAACUCAAGCCUAAUGUAAUACCAAGUACAUGAGAAAUAGUUAUAGGCCCAUGGAAGACCCUUUCAGAAGCACAUUCGAUAAUAUUUAAUUAUAACAGUGGAACUUGAAUAGCUGUUUUUCAUACAGUGGGGGUUUUUUUCCUCAACAAAGUUGUUGGGCAUGCCAACACUAUAUUCUUUCAUCAGGAUCAGACUUCACAGGUUUCCUGACAACACCUGCCUUUAUUAAAAUUUGACAGCUUAAUUUUUGUGUACAUGCACUGGCUAGAUUUUAAGACAUUGUCCUCAAAGCCAGAACCAGCUUCUUAAAACUGAGGCUCAAAAGGAAACCAUGGAUUAAUUUAUUCUGCUAGGUGUCAGUUCCUAAUCCUGCAGUAUCUGAAUUUGUGUAACCCUUGUUCCAGGACUUGGCUGGUAUCAAAGAAAGGACAUGUUUCAGUUUUAAAGGAAGUUUUUCAAGUAUGAGUUUUCAGGUGUUUGCCAAGUCCCGUUGGGAGCUGAGACACUGUGCUGUGGCUCACUAACCAUUGCAGCUCUGAAAAUUAUGUAGCAUUUUAUUUUUGGCAGUAAUGCAUACAGAUGUAAAAUGAACAAAUUUCUUCUCCACAGAAGGCCUUUAAAUCUAAUUUUCCACUUUGUGGAUUAAAGAGGGGUUUUAGCAAGACUCCACAUGAAGGGUUAUGAUGCUUCUUCCCAGUGCUGGAAGCUGAUGGAGUGGGACCUACUUGUCCCAGACACACUCAGGGGCAGUUUGUCAACUCAAGCUUCUGUCUGUUGAUACAAGCCAGUAUCUGAUGUGUGCCUGUCCACUGUUCUUGGAUGCUGCAGUACUCACAUUGGUGAAUGUAGCCAGCAAAUUCUUUACUCAGAAGGUGAUGAGGCCCUGGCACUGGUUUCCCAGAGAAGUUGUGGAUGCCUGAUCCCUGGAUUUGUUUAAGGCCAGGUUGGAUAGAGCUCUGAGUAACCUCGUCCGGUGGAAGGUGUCCCUGCCCAAGGCAGGGGUGUUGAAACAAGAUGGUCUUUAAGGUCCCUUCCAACCCAAACCAUUCUGUGCUUCUGUGAUUCUAUAUGAUCUCCUCAAGUGCUGGAUUCUGCCCCUGGGAUGGGGCAACCCUGGAUGUAUGGACAGACUGGCGAAUGCUGGAAAGCAGUGCCAGGAAAGGGCCCUGGGGGUCCUGGUUGGUGUCUGGUUGGCCAUGAGCCAACAGUGCCCUGGCAGCCAGGAGGGACAUCCUUGUCCUGGGGUGCAUCAGGUCCAGCCUCGCCAGCCUGCUCUACUCUGACCUGAGGCGGCCUCACCUGCAAUAUUGGGGCAGCUUUGGGUGUCACAAUAUAAGAUAUUAAGCCAUUAGAGGGCAUCCAGAGGAGGGCAACAAGGAUGGUGAAGGGUCUGGAGGGGAAGCCAUGUGAGCAGCAGCUGAGGGCACGCAGGAGACUGAGGGGGGACCUCACUGCAGUUACAAUUUCCUUGGGAGGGGAAAAGGAGGGGCAGGAACUGAUCUCUUUAUUCUCGUGACCAGUGACAGGACUCGAGGAAAGGGCAUGAAGCUGAGUUGGGGAAGGUUUAGGUUGGAUAUUAGAAAAAGGUUCUUCACCCAGAGGGGGGUCAGGUACUGGAACAGGCUCCCCAGAGAAGUGGUCACAGCACCAAGCCUGACAGAGUUCAAGAAACAUUUGGACAGCACUAUCAGGCACAUGGCUCUUGGGGAUGAUCCUGUGCAGGACCAGGAAUUGAACUCGAUGGUCCUGAUGGAUCCCUUCCAACUCAGCAUAUGCUGUGGUUCUGUGAUUAGGAGCAGAAUGAAUCCUGCUGCUGCUGCUUUCUUAUCUACCAGGCUGUUACUUCCCAACAUUUGUUUUACACUUAAUAAACUAAUGCUUUUGGUGUGGUUGAUGGAGAACCUUGAUUUUGAUCUGCCUAUGUGCAUCACCAAUUUUCUCCCCAAGGAAGUAUUUUUGAGUAAGAGGGAGAAUUGUGAUGAAUGUAGUGAUCAAAAACUUGCUGCUAUGAGAAGAUGGGGCUGGCCUUGCCUCUGAAAUCUUCUACUACUGUUUGUUUCUUUUCCUGUUGGAAUAUACUGGAGAAUCUGAGCACAAUUCUGAUGUGGUGCUAACUUCAGGAAACACACUAAUCUGGUGCUAACUUUAGGAGACGUGCUGAUCUGGUGCUGACUGACAUAAGGAGACACCUCCUUGCAUGGCUUUUGUCUGGCUACAGGUACAUGAAUAUUUCCUAGACUGAGGAGGCUCUUUCUAAGGCUCCUUGGGUCCUCUUUAUGAGGGCAGGAUGAGCUUUGAAGUAUUUUUAAAAAACACUGAACAUCUUUUUAGAAGAAACAAAAAUCUCUUCCCCCAGGAACGGCAGAAAUCAGUCUGAAUCCCUCUCCAGUGGUAGGGCUGUUCAAUUUCUUUUUUUUUUUUGUCAUGGAAAAGUGAACAAUGUAGCUAUUAAGUAACAGACUGAAGUCGAAAGGACUUCAGGCAUUGUGAGAUAACACUUGUGAACUUUCUGUCUGUCUGGUUAUCUUAUCUUGUUUAAUGAUACGAUAACCUGUGCUGAUGGUGAGUUGGCUUACUUAGCAAAGUCACAGGAGACGGAGGACUUCUACUUCCUUGAUGGGUAGAGCAACCAGAGGUUAAAGUCAAACAAGGUCAUCAUAUCCUGAUGUUGUGGUGACCGGAAAUUUAUCUCUGUUUGCUCUGCUGCUGUUCUCUUAAUUCUCUAAUGCUGCUCCUUGCAGGUGGAAAAGAACAGCUUGAACUCUGAGGAACACAAAGGGCAUUGCCCUUGUUCUGUUGUAGGACUGCUGCCAGCUCUUUUUAGGACCAUCUAUUUUAAAAAGAAGUGCUGCAUGCCAAGCUUGCAUUAGCCUAGCAGAGGAGUAGGUGCCUCUCUUGAGGCAGCAGCCUCAAGGAGUGAAACUGUUAGGUGACUCAUUGCUCCUGCAUAGUGGGGAAGGUCUGUAUGAUGGAAAAGACUUGCAAUGAAUUUUCUUUUAUUCAUCAUGUAAACAAAACGGAUCAAUCUGAAAUCUUAUUUUUGAUUACCAUAAAUGAAUUUCAGGAGAAAGAUUACAAAUAAUUGUAAGGUAUCAAUGUAAGUAAUUUGGUAGCUGUACUCAGUACAUCAGAUUUCCACUACCCCUUCUGACUUCAGCAGUUGUUCUGUGGGAAAGAUGGUCACCGUGGUCACAAGGUGACAUUAAGAGCCAUCACAGGGUGGCAAGUACGUCCCUGUAACUCCUUGUCUGAUUUAUAACCAGAGACCUGCAGGGUUUUGUUUUCUCUCAAAGCUUUAGUGAUAUUUCAGUUUGUGACUAGAAGAGCUGUAAUUAGGUUUUUAAACUUUUUAAACCUGUGAGAACUGUUUGGGUAACCAGCUGUAGCUGCAGUAAACAUGUAUGUGCAACUGAGGAACUGCAUUGCCUUAGAGUGGAUUCACUGAGGUCAGGCACAGACUGAUUGAUUUGUCACCAAAACACCUUCACUCUGUAUUGAAAUCUUGUCUUGGAAUUUUGCAUUACUAAUGUAUCUGCCUAUGACCUCAAAUGCUCUUACUGUAUAGUAGGUGAUGGAAAUACUUUCUCUUUUAAACCACCGAAGUGGAGAAGGUGGAUAAGACUUCUGGGUUGUGGCCACACCUCUGCAGUGCUAGUAUUUAGGUGACAUUUUUAUAUGGGACACCACAAAAUCAUAUUAACUCUGCUCAGCAAUUAUACUCUUCUUGAGGCUUUUCUUUCCCUUCUCUUCACUGCCCUAAAGCUAAUAAGCCUUUUCAUUUACAGGUAUUUUUGCAUUCUAAAAAUCUAAGUUCCAUGCCUUUGGAGAUCAGUGUGCUGUGCAAUGUCUUCUGUCUCCCUGCAGUGCCAGCUGUUCUUAUGUGGUAAAUGUAAUUGAAAACAGAGUACGUGGGUACUUGUCUUUUGUAAACCUCUGUCCUGGAGGUGUGCAAGAAAACAAAACACCUGUAAGACAGGUGUAUAAUCUGUGUGAGGGAGCUAGAUAUGCAUUGCAUGGCCUGAUUACUUGAAAAGCCGGUGUACCAACUGUUAGUGCUUUUGCUUUUACAAACUCAUCUGGAAACAGUUAUCUUGGAUAUUUUUUCUUGAAUGGACUUUCAUGUUUUGUAUUGUAAUCUUGUGAAUAUUUUAAUACACUUUUUUUUCCCAUUA